AUGGAGCCCUGGGAGCGUAAACGGCCCGAGACCCGACCUGCUGCUAUUGUCAUCACAGAUGUGGGAGCGGCACGCGAAGAAAUAACAACACCCGCAUCAGUGACCCCAGAAUCUGGGAUAACCCCAACAACUCCAAACUUGGACUCACGGCACGGAGAUCCUGCGACGACCUCACCGAGAAAGCGAAUAUACAUGGACGGAGACAGGCUGGGCGUGGAUGGUCCAUGGCAGGGCAGCAGGAGAGGCUCGCAGAACAGCCAUUACACAUCGAUCACGUCGCCGAGCAGUGCUGCGGAUAGCUUCAUUUUCGAACCGAGUCAAGACUAUACUAGUAUAAAUAAGACGGAUAGAAACGAGCUGGCGUAUUAUACAGAUGCCUCCAGCCCCGCGUAUGGUCAGGAACAGAUAUUCUGUGCUGGGGAUGCACCUCCACCUCCGGAUUUUACUUCUCAGGUGUUGGCCCAUGAUGGACCUCGUAUAGGUCAGGAAGAUGGGGGCGCUGGUAGAUUAGGAAUGCACAUGGAUGGUCGUCUGGUGGGCAGCAGUUUCACCUCGGGAGAGAUACCAAGCAUUCGCGUAGCGGUACCUGAACAGCCUCGGGGAUAUCCUGACUAUGGUAGCAUCGAUCAGACAAACCCCUUGAUGAAGAGCGAACCUAUGUCGAGCCCGGUGCAGUAUCUAAACCACGCCGGGGAUGGGCUGGGGAGUGGCAGCUUUUCUCCUGUAAUGAACAAGGAGCAACGGCCCCCAAAUGGACAAGGAGGGGUCCAGCUAAACGGGGAAGUGCUGGUGCCAACGGCCCAGUCACCUCGGUUGCUCUUAAACAGGGUUGCGCCGCAGCCUAGAUAUAUACAUAAAAGGGACAUGCCCGCCGUGCACAUGUCAGCGAGUUCUUCCGUCAUGACGGAACGCGGCCAGAAUCACCAACACGGGCAACACAAUAAAGACGCAUCUGCUCGCAAAAUGAAGCCUCCUCCAUUGGGAGACCUGAAACGAGAAGCCACGGAUCGAUCUGAUUUUCAGACGCCAAAGCGGAUCCGGGCCGGAGGUGGCCCGGAUGAGAACAGCGAAGUGAUAGACGACAGCGACUCCAACUCUCCCACGUGGGCGUGCCCGUUCUUCCGGCAUGACCCCCUUGGUAAUAUGAACUGCCUGAAACUCAAGCUCAAACGGAUCAGGGACGUCAAGCAGCACAUCCAGAGACGACACAAUAAAUCCGGCAACUAUUGUCAGAAAUGCUGGGAGAGCUUCCCUAGCCGCAAGAAAAAGGAAGAGCAUCUCAACUCGGAUAAUUGCGAGCCCAUCGACCAAUCGUUGUCGGUGAAGAAGGGCGGCAUAUCCGCGGAGGCGCAGGAGAAGCUGAAGCACCGCGCCCAGAGGAGUAAAUCGGGGGAUGAGCAGUGGCACGAUGUGUACGGCAUUGUCUUCAAGGGCCAGCAGGGCCCCGAUAGGAGUAGUCUUGAGCCGCAACUCGGCACCUUUAUUAUGGAAACCACGCGGUUGAUGCAGAGUUUUUGGAGGGACGAGAAUGAGGACUGGUUUCCGGGAUACCUAAGCAAGCAUCCGUUAGCGCAGAGCAUGAGCCAAGACGCGCUCCAGAGCCUAGUAGUUAAUCUGAUGGAAGAGAUACACGUGCGGUUCGAGGAGAGGAUCCGAGGUAGCAGUCCCCCCUCCAGGUGGGAUAACGCCGCGGUCCCGGCCACUGAGGCGCCGCCCUCUGCCAUGGUAUCGCCAACCACUGCAUUUGCGACCACGGCUAACUGCCAGGAUGUGAGUCUCAUUGGGUGCCACUUGCAACACGAGAUGACACAGCGCCCGAGAGAGAUAUGUGACGCCGAUGAUCAAUAUCUUUACCUUCUUGAUCCUGACCCUAGCCUUGUUGAUGCUGAUGAAUACUUCUCAUUUCAUGAAGCCAAUGCUUCAAUCGAUAAUGCUUAUGAUAUGGGAGGAUGA